GACUCUCCGAUGGUAACAACGGCAACGUCUAACAUUACGGCCUCGAACUUCUAGUAGGCUAUGUGAUUAUGUAUUUUUAUAGAUACUAAUAACAAUGAAGAAAUACGCAAUCAUUGUAGACGAGAAAAAUGAAAAAAGAGUGGUUCCAAGUAAAUGGAUGAUGAAUAAUAAUUCAACUCUACUGUGGCCACCUUACAAAAAUACGGAGAAAAUUCGAAGAGCUAUUUUACAACUGGAAGAUCCCUCAGACGGAUUGGGAAGACUAUCAAGUUGAUUUUAUAAAAAGCAAAGGUUACUAUUGCAAAACUAACUAAUACAUGCUCCUUAAUUUUAACAUCGCAGUGGGGUUUGAAGUAAUUUUUACUUUCCCUACGAACAAAUUAAAUGGAAUUCCAUGAUUAUGUUGAAGCUGUGGCUGAAAUCAUAGCUAACUUAGAUGAACUAAGUGGGAGUAGCGAUGCUGAAAAAAUGAAGAAAUCCAGGAAAAGGAGAAAGAAAAUUUCUCAUCAAGGUCUUGAUUUUAAUCUUGGUUAUAUCAGAAUGAUAGUGCAUAUACCUAUAGAAGUAGGUGUUGAAUUGUUUAUGACAUUUUAUCAAUUUCCUAUGGACACAAAAAAUAAGGAAAAAAUGGAACUGGUUGUUCACUUCCGAAAAAUGUCUUAUCUUUGGAGAGGAUGGAACUCUGUGCAAAGGAUGAGGAGGAUGUGGAAUUCAUGGUGCAAAAAGCAGCAGAAAUUGCUGCACAUCACCUCGACAUUGGGGACAUCGAGAAAUAUCUCCUAGGUCUCUGGCUGUUGCAAGACAGCCAUUGCAAUAUACAAUGUGUC